AGUACACGAUCUCUGACUCGAACUCACGACAUAACUAGGCGGACUCAAUACGCAGCCCUGGCUCGUCUUCUUCUCCACUACCAAUUCUGUCGUUGGAGUUGAGCUUCCUUUCAAAUCCAUGGCAUUUUGAACAAGAGAAAGUUUAUAUCGGAGUCCGGUCAGGUCAGCAAGCUGCCCAAUAACAAAAGGAAGGGACCCAUUGUGUAUUGAGCUCUCUCUCGCCCUCGUUCGUUUCACUUUCUUCUUCUCCGCUCCAAUCUUGGAGAGCGCCAUUACUCAUUAGCCAUGGCGAUGUACACCAUCUCACGACGACUAUCAACUAGAUCAACGACAACAAUUGGAGUUUUACGUUUUGCUACCUCUUUGAGAUUCUACUCUACCUCAUUUAGAGAAGAAAGAGACACUUUUGGACCCAUCCUUGUUCCCUCAGACAAGUUGUGGGGUGCUCAAACUCAAAGAUCGUUGCAGAAUUUCGAUAUUGGCGGAGAGCGUGAGCGUAUGCCUGAACCCAUUGUUCGGGCUUUUGGGACCCUUAAGAAAUGUGCUGCCAAGGUCAACAUGGAAUAUGGUCUGGAUCCAUCCAUUGGGAAAGCCAUUAUGCAGGCUGCCCAAGAAGUAGCUGACGGAAAGCUAAAUGAUCAUUUUCCACUUGUUGUGUGGCAGACUGGCAGUGGCACCCAAAGUAACAUGAAUGCCAAUGAGGUGAUUGCAAACAGAGCAGCUGAAAUACUUGGCCAUAAGCGUGGUGACAAGUUUGUGCACCCAAAUGACCAUGUUAAUAGAUCUCAAUCUUCCAAUGACACAUUCCCUACUGUCAUGCACAUUGCAGCUGCAACAGAGAUAAAUUCGAGAGUAUUACCAAGUUUGAAAACUUUGCAUUCUUCUUUACAUUCAAAGUCUGUUGAGUUCAAAGAUAUAUGUAAAAUUGGGCGAACGCAUACUCAAGAUGCAACUCCUCUAACUCUUGGGCAAGAGUUCAGUGGCUAUACUACACAAGUGAAGUACGGGAUUGACAGAGUCCUGUGCACUCUUCCUCGCAUGUAUCAGCUUGCACAAGGUGGUACUGCUGUAGGAACAGGAUUGAAUACAAAAAAGGGGUUUGAUGUGAAAAUAGCAGCUGCAGUUGCUGAGGAAACAGGCUUGCCAUUUGUCACUGCAGAAAACAAGUUUGAAGCUUUGGCUGCUCAUGAUGCUUUUGUUGAGUCUAGUGGCGCCCUCAACACAAUUGCUGCGUCUCUAAUGAAAAUUGCUAAUGACAUACGCUUGUUAGGAAGUGGUCCAAGAUGCGGUCUUGGUGAGCUCAUUCUUCCUGAGAACGAACCUGGCAGCAGUAUUAUGCCUGGGAAGGUCAAUCCUACUCAGUGCGAGGCUAUCACGAUGGUCUGCGCUCAGAUUAUGGGCAACCACGUGGCCAUUACAGUGGGUGGAUCAAAUGGUCACUUUGAACUUAAUGUAUACAAACCCAUGAUUGCUGCUGGUCUCCUUCAUUCACUGAGAUUGCUUGGAGAUGCAUCUGCUUCUUUUGAAAAGAACUGUGUUAGAGGAAUUCGAGCUAAUAAGGAGAGAAUCGCAAAAUUACUUCACGAGUCAUUGAUGCUCGUUACAUCCUUGAACCCUAAAAUCGGUUAUGACAACGCUGCUGCUGUUGCCAAAACAGCCCACAAAGAGGGAACUACUUUGAAGGAAGCUGCAUUAAAACUCGGAGUGCUAUCCAUUGAGGAAUUCGAUAAUCUUGUGGUGCCCGAGAAGAUGAUUGGUCCCUCAGAUUGACAGGAAUGCUAAUUAUCAAAUUUUCCAAUUUCUAAUAGAUUUUUCUUCAUGGGUUAGAUAAAGGAGAUUAGAACCCAAAAACAGUGUUAUUCAUUACUUUGAAAAAACAAUAUUCUUGAGGUUUUCACCAUGAGUGGCUUUGGGGGGGCUGAUUGAGUUAAUAAAGAAAAAGCCUCCCACAAUUUUUAGAUUAACAAUGUCUUCGAAUAAAGUUGGCUCAUAAUAAAAUCGUUUUUAUGGUUUCACUA